GGUUCCGAUCGAGUGCCCAACGAUGACGGUAACGAUAAUCGUCGAGUAACUUGUCCCGCGAAACAAAUCGCGCAUUCUCCAUACGUUAUAUAGUGAACGGGGCUAUCGUCGGGAGGCGCAUAUACAAUCGGAAGAGAAACAAUUGUACAAGAGAUAAAAAUCGGGAGGAAAAUUUUCCAAUUUCAAUUGGAAAAUCCGUGUAUCGAAAGGACGGUAGAUUCGUAUAUAAAUUCUUAUAAAUAGAAUCGAGAAAGGCGAGCACCGGAAAAGUUUUCCUGUCGCGCGAUGCCGCGACGGAACACGACAGCAUGUCAGCCUCUAAAACGAACAAAGAAAGAUUUAGCUUAGGAGAGAGGGAAAGAGCGACAGAGAAGGAGGAAGGGAAGAUAGAAAGGAGAGGAAGAAAGAAGGAAGGAGUAAUUCGAGAAAACUGGAGAGGGAGAGAGAAAGAGCGAACAUGGUGGACGCGCGGUAUCCACGCUCUUAGCGCGGAUCGGUUCACGAGGAAAGAGACGGGGAGAGCGGGUGAGAGGGCGAGCGCAAGCGCAAUGAGCCAUGGAGUUGCUCUCGACGCACGCCACAUUGAAAGCUUGCGACAUGCCGCAAAGCCGCUCAGUCGUGCGCCAGCUCUCAUGCGGGUGGUAUCGUUUUCUCGGUUUCUCAUCAUUCCUUGUGGUGUACCGUAACCGCGAGCACGAAAAAGCCCGCGUAGGCGUGGUGAACGCGUUGGCACAUACGAACCACGCGGUUUUAAGCGAAGAAGAAACAAUCGCGUUUCUCUAAAACGAUCGAACAUUAGAUGCUCGUCUUCGUCCUCGAAAAUUGGAAUAGUCGAGGGUCACGUUUUGAUACUUGGACCAGUGUCAGAUCUCGGCUCGUCCGCACAGGAAAAUUCCCGGCUUGCCAUACGAGCUCGUUCUCUCGUGGUAAAGUUUCACAGCGAUACGUUUGGCUCUCUCUCUCUUUCUCUCUCUCUCUGUCUUUUUUUCCGUGGACAACACCGUGACACCGAGAGAGUACGAGAGUAAGCGUAAUUAUUAUUAAAAGAAAGUAAUAACGAGGAUUAAAGAACAAGAAUCGAUUUUACGGACGAUCGGAUAUCUACUCGGUAAAUAGUAGGAAAAAAAAAAAAAAAAAAAGAAGAAGAAGGUGAUAGGACAGAAUUGCGGAAAGAUAUUACGGUAUUUGUGAUGUGCGAGUGAAGGCAAUGGAGUCACCAGUCAUGUACGAUUCAGCGGCCCAUCAGGCCCAGGCCCACGGUGCGGCCGAUCUUAAGAAGUCUCAGGUACUCAGCAACAACAACAACAACAACAACAAUCAUCAGAGCAACAAUAACAAUAACAACAACGCUGCGAAUAACAACAACUCGGCUCUUCAAGUGAAUCAUAAUCACAGCCAGCAGCAAAGCGGUUCGGUGGUGAGCAAGGUCUCGGCGAGCAAGGCUAGCCUUCACCAACAGUACGCGGAACAUUGCGCCGCGGCCGGCGAGCUGACAGACCUGAACACACCCGAGAUAUCGUUAGAUCUGCAGCACCUGAUCGACGACAGCCACUUCAACGACGGCCUGUUGGACAUGUUGGGGGCGAACAACGGAGCGGUGAAGCACGUGAGAACGCCGGGUUAUCCACGCACCACGCUCGCCUACAUGCCGCAACCUGUCCACAGCGGAGCGAGUUAUCACCAGGGCAGCAACAGUUGUAGCGACAGCAACAGCUCGAGUUCCGAGUCGCCCAGCAUCAAAGAGGAACCAUUAGACCCGGCGGAUUAUCGCCGCCACUGCCCGCAAUAUCCGCCCGGUGGAUACAGCCCGGUCACGAACGGGCCGUUCGCGAACGGAGCGCCGACCUUCACCACUUUGACACCGUCCACGGUACCGGGUGGCCAUCCCGGUGCACCGGUCCAUCAACCACCGCCACGGGGCGGGCCGAUGAAACCGGUGAUGGCCCAUCAACACCACGCCAACACUGCCGCCGCCGUUGCCAGAAAACAAACAAAGACGAUCGACAAGGCGAGCGACGAGUACAGAAGGCGUCGCGAGAGGAACAACAUAGCGGUGAGAAAGAGCCGCGAGAAGGCAAAGGUACGAUCGAGGGAGACCGAAGAGAAGGUGAAGCUGUUGGUUAAGGAUAACGACCUGCUCAAGAAGAGGAUCGAACUGCUCACGGAGGAGCUCAACGUUCUCAGGUCUUUGUUCAGCAGCGUCGGAGUGGUACCGGAACAAUUGCACCGCGAGAUCUCGAGGCAUCUCGAUCAGUUCCAGCAACACGCGGUGGGACCCAUGUAGCGCACGACGUCAUCAUCCUCGUCGAGCAUCGCGGUGCCAUCGCGCCGCGCGUAUCGCGCCUUUCUCUCGUCCACCGCCGUCGUCGACCUUCGUCCCUUCCCUUUCGAAUCGAUACCAUUGCGAAAGAGACGCGCCUCGAAACGACUUCCGCUUUCCGGAUGCUCGCCCGACGCUCCCUCUCGAUCCUUUCGCGUCAUCCGGGUAAAAGUAAAGAAGAACGUCCUGGAUCGAGCAUCGCGGCCGUUACUGCGUCUUUUGUCCCGUUCCAUCACGCGGAGAACGCGAGGUGCACGUGCGUUUCCUCGAGAGAAACGACACGCGGAUCGCGGACAGAAGAAAAGACGCGGUGGGAAUGGAAAACGGAGAGGAAGACGGAUCCUCGAGGAGAGGAGAAGGGAAAGAAGAAGCGAGGAAUAACAGGAGAAGGAGGAGGAGGAGGCGUGACUCGUUUGAAGAAGAGACGCUCGUCGGUUUCGCCCGAGGAGAAGCUUUUCGGCAGCUGGAGCUUACGUCGACAACUUUUCACGUGUUGGAAGAAAAGUGCCUCUGCUCAUGGCGAACUUUUAUUUACACCAAGUGCAUCGGACACUUUCUCUGUUCGUCUGUUAACACGACGCGUAACAAUACGGAGAAAAAGAUAUGGAGAAAAACGAGGAGAAAAAAAAAAAAAAAAAGCCACGAGCAAUUUCGAGAUUUUCGCGCAGCCGCCAUGUUGUUGCGACUCUUUUCUUUGACCCUUUGGAAUUUACGGCGAGAGAUAAAC